AUGGUGACGCCAUUACAGCACUGUCCCAAGCUCAUCAAUUCUCCAACAAUCCUUUCAAAUUUACCAUUUUGCCACUCCACUCGAUUCCUUCCUCUCCCUUCUCAUUUCGCAUCUACUUUCCGAUCAGUGAAACGCCAAUCUCGCAUAAACCCAAGUCUCAUUUCGAGCUUCCGAGAAAAACCCAGAAUUUCUCCUUCGGUUUCGUGCUUCGCAUCGUCUUCUCCAAUGGAGACCCCGACGCAGAGCACCGAGAGCAAACCUUUCUCUGUUUUGUUCGUCUGUCUGGGAAACAUUUGCCGGAGCCCAGCAGCUGAAGGCGUCUUCAGAGACAUCGUGAAGAAGAGAGGCCUCGAUUCCAAAUUCAACAUAGAUUCCGCCGGAACAAUCGAUUAUCAUGAGGGAAAUAUGGCAGAUCCGAGAAUGAGAAGUGCUGCGAAACGUCGUGGAGUUGAGAUAACAUCAUUGUCAAGACCAAUAAAGGCAUCUGAUUUCAGAGAAUUUGAUCUCAUUCUUGCAAUGGAUGAGCAGAACAAAGAGGAUAUAUUGAAGGCUUAUAAUGUAUGGAAAGCCAGAGGAAAUUUCCCACCUGAUGCAGAGAAAAAGGUGAAGUUGAUGUGUUCGUAUUGCAAGAAACACAAUGACAAGUUCGUUCCAGACCCAUAUUAUGGUGGAGCUCAAGGCUUUGAGAAGGUAUUGGACUUGCUUGAAGAUGCCUGUGAGUCCUUGUUAGACAGCAUCACAGCAGAAAACUGA